GAGAGCGGCGCAGCGGCGCGGCGGGCUCGGGGCGCCGGCGCCUCAGCGCAGGGCCAUGAGGCACCUGCCGUACUUCUGCCGCGGGGAGGUGGUGAAGGGCUUCGGCAGGGGCUCCAAGGAGCUGGGCAUCCCCACCGCUAACUUUUCUGAGCAAGUAGUUGAAAGCUUUCCAUCUGAUAUCCCUACUGGUAUAUACUAUGGAUGGGCCUGUGUUGGAAAUGGAGAUGUGCAUAAAAUGGUUGUGAGCAUAGGAUGGAAUCCCUUCUAUAAGAAUAUUAAGAAAUCAGUGGAAACACACAUUAUCCACACCUUCAAAGAAGACUUUUAUGGAGAAAUUCUUAGUAUAGUCAUAACUGGAUACAUUCGACCCGAAAAAAACUUUGAUUCCUUAGAUGCGCUCAUUUCGGCAAUUCAGGAAGAUAUUGAAGAAGCAAAAAGACAGCUCGAUCUACCAGAACAUCUUAAACUCAAAGAAGAUAAUUUUUUUCAUCUGCCAGAAGGCAAAAUAGUAAACAAUCGCUGAGAAAAGCCAUACCGCCUUUUUUCUUUUUUUUUUUCUUUUUUUUUUAAUCUUUCUUUCUUUCUUUUUUCUUAUUUUCUUCUCUGUCAUGGAGCUUUUGUAUUUGCACUGCUCUCAUAGAUACUUUUGUGUCAUAUGUCUGUUAGGUGACUGAGAUCAGAACCAACCAUACAAGAUGACUUCUGUUUUCUUUGGUUGAGUCAUCAUUAGUCAUACAAAAGAGCUAGAAGGCUGUACUACUGGUUAUAGAUAAACAAUGUAUGAUGUAUCCUAAUGUUACCAGGUCUUUGGAGAUCUGAGCACAUUUAGAACAUGACCAAAGUUAAUUGUAAUCAUGAGGUGUGGUUAGCUCAUUUAAUGAAGAAUGUCUGUUCUUAACCUAAUGUUCCAUAAUGUCCCAUUUUCUGUGUCAUUCUUAGAUCUGAGUUUUAGCUUAGAAAAUGUUGGUAUUGAUUGACUCAGAAAAUUCCAGUGCUUAGAUAGAUAACAAUAGUAAGAUUAAUUCUGUAUAGUUCUUGAUUUUUUAUAUGCUACACAGCUGUUAUGGUUGAAGCUGUUACUUUAAUUGCAAUUAUUUAUUUUAAGUUUAUUUGAGAUGGAAGAAAUCGCUGUUGCUCAUUGUGUUGCUAGAAUCUGAAUUAUAUUUCUUCACACUUAACUGAAUAUAUGAUAACACAUGAUUGUGUAGUUUAAUUCUGAAGAGGUGUUUCACUUAAUUUCAAAAUAUGAGUAAAAGUGUGAAAGCUGAUAAACUUUAAGGUUCAGGCGUAAAAGAUGCAGAAACAAUAUAAAAAGACUGCUGCUCAUUGCAUCUUAAAGGAAAAUAGGUAGUGAGACACAUAUUUGCAUUUUAUGUGCUGCUGAUAUUUUUCAUAGGGAGAUCUUGAGGUUAUUUACUGCACUGGCAAUAAAAUGUCUGACUUCAAGGUUGGCAUUAUUGUAAGGCACAGAAAAAUCUCAUCAACACUCUGCACUAAGUGCAGGUAAGAGCCAAGGUUUUGGCAGACCAAGUAGAUAAAUUCACAAAUGAAAACCUUUGGGGAUUUAUUAGAUAAUGUAUCAACACUAUAAAGAAUAUUGAUUAUUUUUUAUAAGUAGCUGCAGACAGUCCUACUCUGAAAUAUGGGGAUACAAGUGGGGGUUGGACUAGAUGAUCUCUGAAGGUCUCUUACAACCCUAACUAUUCUGUGAUGGAUUAGUGGAAGGAGUAUGAUGAGAGUUGAUAGUAAUUUGAAAAAUGGUUUGAAAAAAGUAUGUAAUGUGUGAUUCAAUACCAAGUCUUCUUUUCCUCUGAUAAAUUUUUCUACCCCUUGGUGAAUGGAAGCAGAUUAGCUAUAGUGACUGCCACAGCCAUAAUUUUUUGAAUCACCCUCUGAUGGAUGUGAUGGGACAUAUUCUAAAAUUCAAAGUACUUCUUUAAAUAUCAGCUGUGAUUCUCUGUCUGAGCUACAAUGUUCAAUAUGGAACGCACAAUUUCUGUAGUGAAAUUUGAUGAAUUUACUCCUUGUCCUGUUCUAAUCCUACUUUUCACUCUAGAAUUUAGAAGAGUUUUAGCAAGGUAGCUGAUUCGGUCUUUGUGGCAGGUGGUGCUGUCAAGAUGAUAGUUUCACUUCAUACUGCUUUAAAUUCUAGCCAGUAUCAUGGGCUAUUAUUAGGGAAGAGGUCUUGAGGAAAUCAAGGGUUCAUUUUUGCUCUUUAGGACUUCAGGAGAAAAUUUAAUUUUGCUUAAAUGAAUUGUUCACCAGUGGUGUUGAUAGCAGAGGCAGAUACAAUACAUUUGGGAGAGAGGGACAUGGGACAAUAUACUUUCUAUUAAAGGAGAAGAGAAAUAAUUUAGGGCUUUUUACUAUAUAAUGUGUUGGAAACUAUUUCUAAAAAGUCUGUAAAAGAAUUGUCUUGCAAGAUUGAUGAUUGGAAUUUUAAAAAGGAGAGAUAAAAGGAGAAAUUUUUUUUUGCUAAGAGUUUAUGCAUUCUUCAGAUUUGUAGCAGCAUUAAAAUCAUAUAUUUUACUACUCCUUCUAGAGAAUAAACAGAAGCCACACCAGUCACCAGAGAAUGUUGUCAACAUUAGAUUGUUGUUCAUCAUGGUACUGUAGCUGAGCACUCAUAGCUGCCUUUAAAAUUGAUUUUUGCCAGUGAUGUCUUGGGUCUGUUGUGGAAACUAUGGUGCCUUAGGCUGUUCUGAAUAAAACUUUUCUGUAUCUGCUAAUAAAUGCCACUGUCAAAAAUUCAACUCACCGUUUGAUUGUAGAACUGCUGUGCUAUGGAUGAAGAACAGUAGCAAAGGGAAAACUUGAAAGGCUUAGCUUGCUCUCAAAUCCUAGCUGAGGUAUGAUAUAUGGAUACACUGAACUAAGAAACUGCUCUUUAUGUGUUUGUCUUCAAAGAGAGUGUGUUAGUACAUCCAUUUGGCUGAGUGUACCUGACCAUAUUAUUUAAGAGAAAAUGUUAUACAUCACUCUUUAAGCUGAAUACAUAAUUCCUAGCACAGUAUAAACUUUAUUUUUGUAUUAUGUACAAGUAGCUGUAUUUUGGUUGAUGAUGUUGCACUGUACUAUUACUAAAGGAACUGUAAUUGAUAAAGUUAA